AUGUUUCAUCCAAAUAUUGAUGGGGAUUUGCAUCAUGAUAAAUCAAAUUUCUCUGAAAUUUAGGCUCCUUCCUUAUUUAUUUGUUUUGAUGUUGUGAAUAAAUUACCAAUAUCACUCUAAUCGGUACAUUAUAUUGUAAAUGUCUAACCUGGUUUGGCAAUUGUUGAAAUAUAAUAGAAUUAUAACACAUAGCAUUAUGAAGUUCCAAUUGAAUUAGAAUAUAUGUUUACUAUCUAAAAGGAUUCAGUUGUUAGUAAGAUGGUAGCAGAAUUAGGUGAUAUAAAAGUCUUAGGUAUUGUAAAAGAAUUGGAGGAAGCAAAAAAAGAAUAUCAAUAAGGCAUAUAAGCUGGAAAAACUAUGAUUUUAGGUGAAUAGGAUAAAUAAAUAACUGAUUUAAAAAAAGUGAAGAUUGGUUGUUUAGCUCCUGGAAAAUCUUUAAAAAUAACUUUUGAAUAUAUUCAGCCUUUAAAAGUUUAUUUAAAUUAAUUUUGGAAACUGGAAUUAUCACCAAUGGUAGAUUCAAGCUAUCUCACAGUCCAUUAAUUAAAAAACUAAUCAGUCAAUUAUCCUUAAUUAUAUAAACAAAUAUAACAAAGUGUGGAUAUUCAAGGUUUCUAGUAAAAUUAUAGAUAAUACAUAACAACAUACAUUAAUUUAUAGAAACCAAUAACAUUUGUAAAAUCACCAACCCAUUAAAUUAUCAUUAAUCCUGAUGAUCAUUAAUAAAUUAAAUAAAACUUUACAAAAGGUUAAGUAAUCAUUCUUGAUGAUAAAUUUCCAGAUAACUUUGCCCCAAAUAAAAAAUUUGAGCUGUUACUUUCAUCUGAUGAUAUCAAUUAACCUCAUUCUUUUCUUACUCAUACUAAUAAUGAUGCUUUAUAACAUAUUAAAUAUUGUGCAACAUUAACUUUGAUCCCAAAAUUUAAUGAAGUAUCUUUAGAUGAUGCUUAUUCAUCUUUCCUAAAUGGGUUAAAUUUACCUACAGAAACAAAAGCAAAUAGAGGAAAUUAUUAUUUUUUUAUUGAUAGAAGUGGUUCAAUGGAAGGAAAAAGAAUAAAUAAAGCAAAACAAUCAUUAAAUUUAUUCUUAAAAAGUUUACCUGAAGAUUGCUUUUUUAAUGUUAUAUCAUUCGGAACCAAAUCAGUAAAAAUGUUUGAAAAACCCUAAUAAUAUAAUUAGUAAACCUUAAAUGAAGCAAUCUCAUAAGUAAAUAAAAUUUAGGCAGAUUUAGGAGGUACUAAUAUAUAUGAAGCACUGAAAAAUGGCAUAUAUAAUGAUGAAGAUAGUAAAAGUGAUUCAGAAACUUAUAAUGUUUUUCUAUUGACAGAUGGAGAGGAUUCUCCAAAUAAAAUUUUAGAGUUAGUUUAAAAUUAAACUAAACCUAAUUUUAGAAUUUAUACAUUAGGAAUUGGAGAUGGAUGUAGUUAGUAUUUANAUAUUGUAAAUGUCUAACCUGGUUUGGCAAUUGUUGAAAUAUAAUAGAAUUAUAACACAUAGCAUUAUGAAGUUCCAAUUGAAUUAGAAUAUAUGUUUACUAUCUAAAAGGAUUCAGUUGUUAGUAAGAUGGUAGCAGAAUUAGGUGAUAUAAAAGUCUUUGGCAUUGUAAAAGAAUUGAAGGAAGCAAAAAAAGAAUAUCAACAAGGCAUAUAAGCUGGAAAAACUAUGAUUUUAGGUGAAUAGGAUAAAUAAAUAACUGAUUUAAAAAAAGUAAAGAUUGGUUGUUUAGCUCCUGGAAAAUCUUUAAAAAUAACUUUUGAAUAUAUUCAGCCUUUAAAAGUGUAUUUAAAUUAAUUUUGGAUGCUUGAAUUAUCACCAAUGGUAGAUUCAAGUUAUCUUACAGUCUAUUAGUUAAAAAACUAAUCAGUCAAUUAUCCUUAAUUAUAUAAACAAAUAUAACAAAGUGUGGAUAUUCAAGGUUUCUAGUAAAAUUAUAGAUAAUACAUAACAACAUACAUUAAUUUAUAGAAACCAAUAACAUUUGUAAAAUCACCAACCCAUUAAAUUAUCAUUAAUCCUGAUGAUCAUUAAUAAAUUAAAUAAAACUUUACAAAAGGUUAAGUAAUCAUUCUUGAUGAUAAAUUUCCAGAUAACUUUGCCCCAAAUAAAAAAUUUGAGCUGUUACUUUCAUCUGAUGAUAUCAAUUAACCUCAUUCUUUUCUUACUCAUACUAAUAAUGAUGCUUUAUAACAUAUUAAAUAUUGUGCAACAUUAACUUUGAUCCCAAAAUUUAAUGAAGUAUCUUUAGAUGAUGCUUAUUCAUCUUUCCUAAAUGGGUUAAAUUUACCUACAGAAACAAAAGCAAAUAGAGGAAAUUAUUAUUUUUUUAUUGAUAGAAGUGGUUCAAUGGAAGGAAAAAGAAUAAAUAAAGCAAAACAAUCAUUAAAUUUAUUCUUAAAAAGUUUACCUGAAGAUUGCUUUUUUAAUGUUAUAUCAUUCGGAACCAAAUCAGUAAAAAUGUUUGAAAAACCCUAAUAAUAUAAUUAGUAAACCUUAAAUGAAGCAAUCUCAUAAGUAAAUAAAAUUUAGGCAGAUUUAGGAGGUACUAAUAUAUAUGAAGCACUGAAAAAUGGCAUAUAUAAUGAUGAAGAUAGUAAAAGUGAUUCAGAAACUUAUAAUGUUUUUCUAUUGACAGAUGGAGAGGAUUCUCCAAAUAAAAUUUUAGAGUUAGUUUAAAAUUAAACUAAACCUAAUUUUAGAAUUUAUACAUUAGGAAUUGGAGAUGGAUGUAGUUAGUAUUUAUUAAAAAAAAUUGCAGAAAUUGGAAAUGGUAAAUGUUAAUUUGUUUCAGAUGAUGAAGUCAUCAAUGCUAAAGUAAUUGAUAUGUUAGAAAAUUCUAUGACUUAAUAUUUAUAGGGAUUUAAAUUAGAUUUACCAGAAAUAAAUAUAUCGCAAAUUAUACCUGAUCCGGAAUAUAUUACUACUAUUAAAAAAAAUGAAGAAUUAUUGAUAUAAAUAUUAUUUCCAACACCCGUUUCAGAAACACUAGAAUUUUAGAUCAAUUGUUUUGAUCCUUAAAAAUAAAAGCAAAUAUCGCACAUAUACAAAAUGAAAAUAAGUGAAUCAUAAUAAUAAGAUUAUUUUCAUAAACUUGCAGCUCAUAAAUUGAUAAAUUAUUAUGAGGAUUCCCUUGAAAAUAACAUAAAAUAAAUCAAUAAAAUUAAGAUCAAUUAAGAGAUAUUGAAUAAUGAAGACAUCAUCAAUUUAUCCAUAUCAAAUCAAAUCUUGUGCAGUAAAACGGCAUAUAUUUGUGAAGUCUGCCAUUUGGAAGAUUAGUUUAAAUAGUUAAUUAAAGAAAAAAUAAUUUAUUAAAAUAAUAAAAUAAAAUAUGGAGUGAUCAAAUUUCAAACUUAUUAACCUAAUUUUUAUGAUUUAAAAUCUGAUAGUGAUUAUAUUUCGCCUGUAGAUUUUUCUAGUAAACACAUAUGUAUGGAAUAUUGUCUCAGUAGAGAUGAUAUAGAGAAUGAAAUUAUGCAAGAGGAAAUGGAAAUGUAAAAUGAUUAUGAAUAUGGAGAACAAUCAAGUUUUCAAAAUUCAUAACAAUCAGCUGAUUUAAUAAAUUAUAUUGAUUUACUAUAAUGUGUAUAAGCAAAUGGAAGCUUUAUUUUAGAAAAAAGGAUAGCUGAUUCAAUAAAACUCAGCUGUUUAACUAAUGAUAAUCAUUAUGAAGACAUUUUAUGGACAACAAUUAUUGCUUUAUUUUAUUUAGAAUUGAAUUGCUAAAAUGAUAUAGCUUCAUGGUAAUUAAUUUAUUAAAAAGCAAUUAAUUAUCUAAAAAAAAAUGGAUUAGAUUACUUGAAGAUAAAAACAGAAUUUUAUAAUAUAUAUCAAAAAUUCUUUGAAGUUUCCAAUUGA